UGCACUUGGAGAGCCACAGGUUUUCCAACUCCGCUGGAGCUGUGUGGAGACUCCUAGAUUUAAUCAUUCUCUCCACCCAAUGAGGUGCAACAGAGACGAAAUACUUGGCCCGGCCAGCUCCUGAGCCUAAGUUAGUUUCACUUCGCCGUGCCUUCUGCAGCGCUUCCUGUUCGGGUGUCUCAAUAGUCUGUUAACCUCUUCAGCAACCUUGAGGACGCGAAAACCUUUCGCUGGUUCUUUCUUUGCAUGCGCAACAACACUUGCCUCUGCUCGGCUUGCAUGGGAAAGGGGAGGGGGCGUUUGAAUUUCUGGGGGUGGCAAUCGAAUUCUGCGAGGCUUCGGUCGGUCUCUCUGCUGCUCUGAAGGAACCCGGGCUCGCCUUUCGUUCCCUCCCGCGCGUGGGAGGGGAUUAGGGACGCUCCUUCCAGCUGCCUGCAACCUGAGUAUCGCAGCCACGGGAGAAAGCAGGAAAUAAGCUACAGCCCAAGCCAAGAUCGGUGAGGAGGAAAAUCCAAGGGCGAAAGCAGGCGCUCUUCCGAGCCGCAGCGACAUGGGCUUCCUGCACGCGUUUCUGGUGCUCCUGGUGGCUGCCCUCUUGGCAGCGUUCCUCCUGCUGGUUCUGGGAAGCAUUUAUUUCGAUUACGCCAACUCGGAGAUCCCUCCUGGAGUCGAGCACCCGGCCAGGUUGCGAAUCAUUCACGCCACGCUGAUUGGGGCGUCUGUCCUGGGAAGGAUCUUGGAAAACCUGCAUAUCUGCACACAAAUCCAGUUUGUGCGGAUUGUGAGAAACAGCCGGAAACUGGGGAAAGAAAACGCGCUCUUCAUUAAAGACGCAAAGUUUAAGCAUGUGCCUGUCCGGAUUUACCAACCAAAGACGCCCUCUGCUGGUGGAAGGAGGGGGAUCGUGUUCUUUCAUGGAGGCGGCUGGGUGUUCGGAAGCAUCCAAACCCAUGAAAAUAUCUGCCGCUAUUUGGCCCGAGAGAGUGAAUCCGUGGUUGUGUCUGUGGAGUACCGCCUGGCUCCUGAGCACAAGUAUCCAGCCCCGCUCAACGACUGUCUUGCUGCCACCACCCACUUUCUGGAGACGGCAGAAGACUAUGGUGUGGACAACACCCGUGUCAUCAUUGCUGGCGACAGCGCAGGUGGCUGCAUGGCUGCCUGUAUCUCCCAGAGUUUAGUGAAUAGACCAGGCCUUGCAAAAGUGCGGGCACAGAUCCUCAUUUACCCGGGCCUCCAGGCUGUAGACUUCAACUUGCCUUCAUACCAGCAAAACCAUGCCAUGCCCAUUUUAUUCAGGGAACGGGCUGCUUUUUACAUAUUGCAACACGUGAAUGGGGAAGCUUCGCUCCUCGAAGAUAUUUUGGAAGGCUCUCAUGUUCCGGUGGACCUGAGAUUGAAGUACAAGAAAUGGCUGAGUGCAGAAAACAUCCCGAGCGAAUUUAAAACCAGAGGCUACAAGCCCGUGGCGACAGUUCCCUGUGAUGAUGAAGUCUACAACAAAGUGAAGGUCCUAAGUUCUUCAGAGUGUUCGCCCCUUCUUGCCGACGAUGCCAUUGUCCGCCUGCUUCCUGAGACCUGCAUUGUGACCUGUGAAUAUGACGUCCUAAGGGAUGAUGGAUUACUCUACAAGAAAAGAUUGGAGGACAAUGGCAUUGCAGUGACUUGGUACCACAUUGAAAGUGGGUUCCACGGGAUUCUAACCUUCUUCGACAGAGACUGGUUGAAUUUCCCUUCUGGUAAAAGAGGGCUGGACAAGAUAGUCAAUUUCAUAAAGAGCUUAUCAAACUAAAAAGCAUCUUUCUAAAUCGGGGGUCUCCGACCAUUUUGGACCGGCGGGAACAUCCUGAACUUUGAGAGAGUGCUGGGGCACCAGUCAUAAAAUAGCUACCAUGGAGGGUCUAUGAUAUGACACUAAAUGGCUGCUAGGGGGUAUGGCAUAAUGAAAAAUGGCUGCUGUGGGGAGCAUGGCAUAACACACACAGAGAGAAGCACACCCAACCUUAUGCUUACAAUGGGAAUAGAGCUAUGUUCUGCUGGAAAUCACACACACACACACACACUGAUGCCAUCAUGGUCUAAUAACCACAGGGAGUUUUUCUCAGUACUGAGAACAGUAUACAGUGGUACCUCGGGUUACAUACGCUUCAGGUUACAGACUAUUCAGGUACAGACUCCGUUAACCCAGAAAUAUUA